AAGGUAUGACAGACAGUUCGUGAACGCAUGUGUUUCUAUUUAUCUACAUUUUUUGUUUAAAUAUUACCAUGAGCGACGAAGAGCAGUUCAAUCCAAAAGUGCACAAGAAACUUUUACAAGGCAUAAGCAAUCUCGGCAAAGUCCAACAUGUAAGGAAGGCCACCCGUAACGAACCUAUACGGCAGCAGGAUGAGUUUCAGUUGGUUAAACCGGUGGAUGAGUCCAAUGUACGUCAUCCUGUUGGCUUACUUGACAUUGUCCAGGUGUUAAAAACAACCAAACGUCAUAUAGAUGCUGGAAAACAAUUUAAGGUUGCGCAGUCUUCGAAAAAAGUGCUUGAAAAGCCACUGGAAAAGCCACAAGCGGAACGUCUUAAGCGAGGAAUCGGCUAUGACAAGGCAAAGAAAGACUUGGAGCGCUGGGACGCAGUUGUGGCGCAAAAUCGUAAUGCAGAGACACAAGUGUUUCCUUUACGUUCAGAAACUAUAUACAUAGAUACAUCUAUACAUCGUGGACCAUUGAAACGGUCGAUUAAAUCUGAAUUGGCGCUCGAGUUGGAAGCAGAACAUGCGCGAUUAAAAGCCGCAAAGCGUGCAUUGGCAGGUGAUACAGAGAAUGAAGACGAGCUUGCGAAACGUGAAGAAGAGUUGUUGAAGAAAAAACUAACUCGCGAUGAGCUUAUUGCGCGCCGUAAAGAGUUGGCAUAUCUGAAAGUGAGGGAGUCGCAAAAGUCGCUGAAAGCACGCAAACAGAAUAAAAUUAAAUCAAAAAAGUAUCAUAAAUUAAUGAAAAAACAAAAAAUGCACGAGCAAAUCAAACAGUUUGAGAUUUUGCAAAAAACUAAUCCAGAAGCUGCUUUGGAAAAGUUACAUGAAUUAGAAAAGAGCCGAGUGUUGGAAAGAGCUAGUUUACGUCAUAAGAAUACCGGAACUUGGGCAAAAAAUUUACAGAUACGUGCCAAAUACGAUAAGGACGUACGAAAGGAUUUAGCUGAACAGUUACAGAUCAGUCGACAGUUAACUGAAAAGAAAAAUAAUAGCGACGAUGAAAAUGAAGAUGACAAUAGAGCAGAAUUCUCACAAAUGGAAAUAGAAAAGAAUGUGAAUGACGUUGAUCCAUUUAAUCCCUGGACACGUGUAGGAAGCGUUCAGAAGGCAGAUGAAACUACCGAACCCGAAGGAGAAAAUUGGAGGAAAUACUGGUUAGAACGAAAUGGAAAUGAAAAAAUGCUAGAUGAGUACAAAAAGAUGUUAGCUGAAGAUGUAAGCGAACGUUCUGAUGUUGAAGAACAAAGCACUGAAGAUGGGACGGCAAAAACUGAAAGUACCGAAAACAAAAUUACCAAUGUUGCUGGAAUCAAACCGGGCAAAAAGAGCAUUAAGCGAAAGAAUAAAACUAAUGUAAAAGGAAAAAACGCCAAAAAGAGCAAAAAAAUAUCUGAUGGAGUUAAACAGGAGAUUGCUGAAGGAGAGACAAGAGAUUUUUUAGUUGAAGAUAUUUCGAAUACCAGUGCAACUAAUGUGCCCGAUCAAAGUAGUAGUAUUAAUAUCGACAGCAUUUUUGAUAAGCAAGAAGACAAAAUUAACAAAAGGUUGAAUAAAAAAAUGAAAAUAUUAGCAAAAAAAGCAAAACUUCUUGAAAAGUCCCUAUCAAAAGAGAAGAAUAACAACAACAAGAAUAAUCGAAAGAAUAAGGAUGAACUGAAUAAUUUGAAGGAACUAUCUUUUAAAACAAAAGCAAAGACGCCAGUGAUUGACGAAGAACUUAAUAACGAAGACAUAAAUGAAAGUAAAACUGCUAUUGAUUUGAACGAAAUAGUAGGUGAAACUGACACGGAUCAAACAAAACAAACUGCAAAAGUAAAUGAACUACUGCCCAUACCUUCUUCAAAUGACAAGAAUCUUCCGGCCACAAUUGAUCCAAAUAAAUUGGCGGAUGUAAAAAUUAAGCAGCAUGUAAAGAAUUUUAUUGGUUUGAAUGAUACAUUACAUACUGCAGACGAUGUUGAAAUGAGUAGUGAAGACGAGGACAAUAGUUUGCUUUUGGAUCAGCAGAUGACAAUCAGUCAGGCAUUUGAAGAUGAUGAUAUUAUCGCAGAUUUUACGCGAGAUAAAGCUAAGGAAACUGAGAUCAAAGACGCUGAAAUUGAUUUAUUCAUGCCUGGUUGGGGUUCUUGGGCAGGCGCUGGUAUUUCCGCGGAACAAGAAAGGGCUAACAAAAAUAAAAGACUGGUUCUUAAGUUAGCCAAGAAGGAAAAACGUCGAGACGACAAUAAAGGCAGUCUGUACAUAAAUGAGACAGCAAGUAAACAGUUACGCUCUCAUCUAGUAUCCGAUGUGCCUUUUCCAUUUACAUCUGUCGCUGAAUACGAAUCGAGUAUACGAACAACAAUUGGACGGAAUUGUGUUCCAGAGACUGCUUUCCGUAUGCUAACCCGACCAGCAGUUAUAACACAUAAAGGCCAGAUAAUUGAACCGAUGAAUAAAACAGAAUUGACCAAACAACCACGACGGCUUAGGCAUAUUGUGGACAAAAGAAUAGCGAGAAUGGAGGAAGAAGAAACUGCACCAAAAACUGUUAAAACUAAACGAAUAAACUAAGGAACUAACCUUUGUAAAAAACGUAAAUGUCCAUUUUGUAAAUGUACAUAAUUUUUAAUUAUAAUAAAAUAUUUGAGAAGUUUGGAAUUGAAAGAAUGGAA